CCGGGCACACACACCCACAUGCACUUGCUAUCGCUUUAUUUUGCUCAACUCUUGCAAUCUCCACCCAAACCGCUCAACAGACUUACAACAAAUUAACUCUCAUCAGAAAAAUACGGCUUGUCACACAUAACACAUCGCAACCCACAAUGGUCAGAGGGAUUUUCAAAGACCUCGUCAUUGCAGCUGCUGGGGACUUUCCUAGUGAUUGCCCCAACGAGCAAGCGGCCAAGGAAUGGACAAAGCUACGGAAAGGCCGAUUCUCAUCAGACUUGGAUGAUUCUGUGACCCAUCUCGUCUGCACAGACAAGGAUUUCAAAGACAGGAAGAAGAACCGCCGAAUCAAGCAGGCGGAGAAGGGCAAGAGAAAGAUUCAUAUUGUCAGCUGGGACUGGUUCACGUUCUCUUGCACUCACAACAAGAAGCUUCGUGAAAAGCACUAUGACUUCUCUGCAACAAGAGCCAAUGAGAAGGAGAAGUCUCGACAGCAACUCAAGGCACAAAAGAAAGCCCGCAACGCUGUAAUUGGACAAACAUGGAUGAAUCCAGAUCUCUACCGCAUCUUCACCGACAAGACCUUUUUUGAGUACAAGGUUGAUAUCUUCAGGACUUCAGAGGAUGAGUAUGGAGCUCUGCAUGAGAAGUAUGAACUUUAUCUCUUUGAGUCUCAUGCAAUGCCGCGUCUGUACUGGUUUGGCGCAAAGCUAUUCCACAAGAAGGACAGUGGCAAAUGGCAGGCACGUGGUGUUGAGCGCACAAGCCUUACACCAGGACUUUUCAAGCAAGAGUUUCAGCAUUUCGUCAAGUUCUUCGAAAUCAAAACCAGUGUUCGAUGGUGGGACAGAGUCAUCAAGGCUGGAACAAGAGAGAAGAUCUUCUUCAAUUACUCGCCGCCAAUCUGUGGCAAGCCGGUUGGUGGUAGUAUGAAGGGUGAUCUGUACGACAAAUGUGUUUGGAGCAACAAGCGCUGGCUCCGACGCUGGGCAGAGUUGUUUGGAGAUGAGCUGCCUGCCAACCUCCAGAUUGAAGAUGCAGCCAAGAAGAUUCUGGAAAAUCUCGACGAUGAAGCUGGCGAGUUCUUAGAGGCUCAGCCACGCUGUGGUGAUGAGGCGUCUAAUGAACUUCACCACGGAGCUGCCGAAAGCAUCACAAACAACUCCCCUAACAACAAGACCGAAGAUGAGCUCAACGAAACCACCGUGGUUGACAAAGAAGCCUCGAAAGCAUAAGAACAAAGAACCUUGGUAUCUCGAAUGGCUGCAACUUGCUUGCCCUUAACGUUAAACAACGACUUGAGCCCUGAACGCCAUAUUAACGUGGGCGCACACUUUUGAGACCUCGAUAUCACGCAAAGAUUAUACAAAAGGGUAAACCAUAUGGGCCCGAUGCCUAAAGCACCAAAUCAAUAGCUUUUACAGAACUAUGGCAUCAGUUGGAAACAACAUAAUGUCAGUGCUUGGAAGGAGAGAGAGAGGAGAGUCACUCGCAGUCACGUUAGACACGUGACAGGGCAGAUUAUCUGCGGUGGUAAUGAGCAUUCUUGAAUUCUUGACUUAAGGACACUUGAUUGCUGAGGUCCACGGGAGCAGGUCGAGUUUAUAUGCAGGGGAG